UUGGCGUCACCGGAAGUUUGGUUCCCUGUGCCGCAGCCAGGGGGAAGAUCUCGCCCUAGCAACCGGGCCUCGCCUCCUAGGAGAGACGCUGAGCCCCAGCCGCUGGCUGAGGAUGUGGAUGCUCCCCUGCUGCUCGCUGUGACUCUCCUCCGAGUCACUUGCAGCUCGUUUCAUUUUAACUGAGGAGGAGAUGUUACCCAUUCUCAGGAUUGCAGUAGAAUUACCGAUCUUGGAUUGAAGUCGCUCACUGGAGCCGCCGCCGCAGAAAGUGUAUGCAGGCAAGGACCAGUAUCCCACAAUCCCUUAACGGAAUCACAAAGUAAUCAGCUGAAACAAUGGGGCUGUUUGACAAACUAGCUGGCUGGCUUGGUCUAAAGAAGAAGGAGGUUCACGUGUUGUGUUUGGGACUGGACAAUAGUGGGAAAACAACUAUAAUUAAUUGCCUAAAACCUUCAAAUUCUCAAGUACAGGAUAUUGUUCCAACCAUUGGAUUCAGCAUCGAGAAUUUCAAGACCUCUGGCCUGUCCUUUACAGUGUUUGAUAUGUCUGGCCAGGGUAGAUAUCGAAACCUGUGGGAACACUAUUAUAAGGAAGGCCAGGCCAUCAUUUUUGUUGUUGAUAGCAGUGACAAAUUAAGGAUGGUGGUUGCCAAAGAAGAACUUGACACACUUCUUAAUCAUCCAGACAUUAAACACAGACGAAUUCCAAUAUUAUUUUUUGCAAACAAGAUGGACCUCAAAGAUGCUUUGUCGUCUGUCAAGGUUUCCCAAAUGUUGUGUUUAGAAAAUAUCAAAGAUAAGGCUUGGCAUAUUUGUGCCAGUAAUGCAAUAAAAGGGGAAGGACUACAAGAAGGUGUUGACUGGCUCCAAGAUCAAAUCAAAGCAAUGAAGGUAUGAAGACAACUGAAAAGAGAAGCAAAAGAAUGUGAUUUGACACUACUCCAGAGUUGAAUAUUGCACCAAAUAUAUCUCAUCAUGUUGGGGACCAAACUUUUAAUUUACCUUCAAUUUAAAUUAUAUGUUUCAGAAAGCAAAAUAAUGUACAUAGUCAAAGUAAUGUAGUAUUUUUGUAAUGCUAAGAUACAGUGUAAAUUUUACUUCACACUAUAUUAAGGAAUUAAUAGUUAUAAAGAUCUGGAAGAAGUACCCAAUGAGAAUUUGGUGUUUAAAAAAGCAUCAAAUGUACUACUUGUACAAAGAGUCUUGAAUUGGGGGUUCACUGCCAGCGUGCUCUGAACAUGUAAAUAAGAUAAGAGCAGCCUCACACGUUCCCAGGCAACAUCUUUUUAAAUAAUGUGAAAAAUAAAUUAAGACCACGCAGCAAUUGUUAGGACCUUGACAACCUGACUAUAGGCCACUGUUGGCUGAUCUAAAUUUGGAAAAUCUUUUGCUUAGCACAGAGCAAUGUGCAGCCUUUUUUCAUCACAGCAGGCUGGGAGGAGAGAAAAACCAAUGUAUAGCUCUUUAUGUAGGUAAUAUUCUGAUGCUUUUUUAUAAGAGAAAAGCACCAAAUCAGGCUACUUGAAAUAGAAGUAUCCACGUAGACUUGGUGCAUGCUUUUUAGACAUGUUUAGAAAAAUAUGUUUUUUCUAAACAUGACCCUUUUGAUCAGUUGUAUGGACCAGAUUUUGUGGUGAUUAUACAGAUGACAAAAUUGCAGUGUUCUCUGUCAUUACUUCUCUGUGAAACUGACGCAACUUUUGCCAUUCAUGCAUUCGCAGUUGAACUUUGAAAUCCAAAGGUUAUUCUGUAUUUCUCUGCUCUCCAUAGGAGUGCACUGUUGAACUCCCCAGUUAUGGAAAUCAAUGAGAAAUCACUGAACUGAUGAAAACUUGACUUUUUAUACUGUGAUAUUGAUGUAAAAACCCUGGAAAAGUUAUACCUUAGUAAUGUUGUAACUUUUCUUUAAAAAAAAUGUGUACCAGGUAAUAACUACUGCUGAAGACCAGUUUUACCCUUUCUAAUUUUACAUUUGUGCAAUGUCAAAUGUUUCCAUCAUGAUGAAAUCCAGUUUAAUUCUAGUAUUUCAACUAAUGUAAGUUAUAAUCUUUAUUUUGCUUUCUGCAAAAUGUAUAAAAAGUGAAGGUCACACAAUGCUUUUUACUUCCCAUCUUGUGGUCUCCAAGAAUCCCAUAAUGUGAUUGGCUGCUUACCCUGCCUGAUGAUCUCACACUUGCUGAACACCUCAGGAUCCAUUUUACUUGACGCCAGAUAUAAAUUAAGGUCAGGCAAUAUGAAACCCAGUUCAAAGAGACCUUUAUGGGCAACUUUCUUUGAUGUCAGUUGUGAGUGUCACUUCAUCACUAAUCACAAAUCCAGACUAUUUAUUAUGUAAAUGAUGAUGGGGAGAAACUUUUAAACAUUGCAUUAGCUUCCUUGUCUGUUAUGUCACCCAAAUAAAAUGCAAUUUUUGGAUGUUUCAUUUUACCUAAGUUAAGAAGUUAACAACGUUUUGAGGGAAUCAUUGUAUUUGCUUAGAUAAUCACUGAUCACGUUUAGUGAAGUGUUAUGGAAGGAUGAAAUCAAAUCUUUUAUUAUUUGAGUCUAUCUUGUGAAUGGAAAUUAAAGUAAAUCAGUUAGUGGUA